AUGGCGGCGAGGGAAGAGGGAGGUGCUGCGGCGAUGGCGGAGGACGAUGGGGAUGCGACGGGGGGAGAGGAGUACAGCGUGUGGAAGAAGAAUUCUCCCUUUCUCUACGACUUGCUCAUCUCUCACCCCUUGGAAUGGCCGUCCCUCACAGUACAGUGGCUGCCACGCUCUUCCUCCUCGUCCGUUGCCGUGGAGAGGCUCAUUCUGGGCACCCACACCUCGGGCGAUGCCCCCAACUUCCUGAUAAUCGCCGACGUCCACCUUCCCUCCACGGAUGGGGAAUCCACCUUUCCUCCAUCCAUUUCGACGGUCCAGUUGACCCAGCUGAUACGCCAUGAAGGGGAAGUCAAUAGGGCAAGAUACAUGCCUCAGAAUCCUUCGAUCAUUGCAACCAAGACCUGCGGUGAGGAGGUGCACGUCUUCGACUGCAGCAGACGGCCUUCCCGGCCUGCGGAUGGGGAUGAAGCCUGCGGUCCGGAUAUUGUGCUUCGGGGUCACAGCAAGGAAGGUUAUGGGGUGUCGUGGAGUCCAUUCAAGGAGGGUUACUUGUUGAGUGGCUCGUAUGAUUCUAAAAUAUGCCUGUGGGAUGUGAGCGCAACACCACAGCACGGCAGGAGCCUUGAAGCCAAGGACGUCUUUGAGGUGACUCCCUUGGACUUCCCUCUUUGGUUGAGGUGUAGCUGAAGAAUCUAUGUCUCGUGCAUUCACAACGCCUUAUCAACUGCCACGAAGAGCUUCGUCGUCUGAGUUUUGACUUCAGUUAUACAGGCUAAUUUCUUGUCUAAUGCCAUGCAGAGCUUUCUCCGCCUUUUACUAAUGUUUUUUCUGCACUCUCUAUUUUUGAAAAGGCCUGGAUGUGUAAGCUAGUCGGCCUCCAGUUAAAAUGCUUUCUAACUUCCCCUACAAUUCUUUUUUUCAUCCGCCUGUGAUUGAGUUAUUGACUCUACAUUUCAACAUCAUAGAUAUCAGAAUUAAGUCUUUUUUAGUACCUGCGUCGUCUUCGUUAUACCACUAUUCUUUCUUGUGUAAUAAUAUUCCGUGCGCAAUUGUAGUUCAGAUGUGGUGAUGUAAUUAUCUGAAUUUCCUUUUUUUCUUAUUAUUUGAUAAGAUUCAUGGUUCAAUUUCAAGACAUUGCUGUUCGUCUCCAAUUAUCCCUUUCUAGUUGAGGAAUGAUUGCUCUUGCAUAGCCUCUCCAUGUCAACCAAAGAACCUUACUCUGAACAAUGUUUUUGAUUUGGCUCGUGCAGUGUAGAUUAACAUACGUUAUUACGAGGUCGGUAAUUUUGGAUGGCAAGAUCUAUCUCUAUGAACACUACUUUUUCUUGUUCUAAUGUCCGUUUUAUUAGGUUCAUGAGGAUCUGGUUGAAGAUGUGGCCUGGCAUUUAAGGAAUGAAAACUUAUUUGGUUCAGUGGGGGAUGAUCACAGGCUGAUGAUCUGGGAUUUGCGAUCAGCUGCAUCGAAGCAGCCUCAACAAUCCGUCAUUGCUCAUCAAGAUGAUGUAAGCCUUCCAGCAUAUAUUUAUCUUUCCAUUUCCUUCAUUUUCUUCACAACAUUGGGCAUGCUGACUAAUUGCUCACAAGUUGCAUGGUGGUCGAGAUAUUUUAAACAGGUGAUUUUUCUUUGUCGUAAUAACUUUGUCGUUCAGUUUUGCUGUAUGAUGGUCUCCCCAUCUUUUUAAGUGACGUAGAUGUUAUCUUGCUGCCUAUAACUCAAUCUUCUGUUAAGCUGAUAAUUGUAAUACACUCACGAACCGAUAAAGCAGAUGUGUACACUCAUGCAUGGAUGACAGAAAAUCGUUUUUCGGGAAAUGUUUCCUGUUUUCAUGGGUUUGCUCGUGUAGCUAAACUCCUUUGUGCUUGGGGCUACCUUUUUUUCUCUCCAUUCAAGUUCCUUUUUGCCCUAAAUUUGGGGCCUCACGUUGUGGGGCUGACUCCCAGGUUUACCUCCUCACAUGAGUUGGGCUGCUGGAUUGCUGACUUUAUGCUGCCAAAUGUUAUCCUUUCUCUGCAUUAUAAAGAAGCUUUUUUGUUUUUCUUCUUGACACUGUUUUAUCUUUAAAAAGGUAGGUGCCUUCAAUUUCAUGACAUGCCGGCGGUUUGAAUGAUCAUAUCCUACAGGUUUUAAUGAAAUGGCGUGAGUGCUGAUUGCGUUCUUUGAAUCUGUUUCUUAAAUACCUAAUUUUUGGCAUUUAGUGCUGUUUUUUCUUGAUUCAAGUAGUGAUUACCUAAGAGAAAAUGGGUAUCUAGCGUAUGCACUGUGGAUGUGUAAAUUUCAUAAGUGUCUGUAUACUUCUGUGUUUACAACCCUCCAAUGGCCUUGUUCGAAGGGAUGACAGCAGUGUAGUUCUCUCUAGUCUGCUAUUUGCGGUUCUUUUGUUGCUUGUACUUUGAUAUGUUUGCAGCACUCUGCCAUGUUUUCAUUUGUAGAUAUAUAGAUAAAUAUAUUUGUAUUUUUCUGGGGCAUGAAACCUUCUAGUUUGUCUUGCAGCUAGGGAUGGCAUACAUUCUUGUUCUCUUUAAUAGUCAGAUUUCCGUUUUUUAGUUUCAUAUGCUUGGAUAUUUUUGUAGCAGUACGCUAUGUUUCAUGAUAGGUAAUCGUUCCAUGAAUCUUCUCCCAGGUGAAUAGUUUAUCUUUCAGUCCAUGGAAUGAAUGGAUUCUGGCCACCGCAUCUGCUGACAGGACAGUUAACCUGUUUGAUAUGCGCAAGCUGACAACAACUCUGCAUACCUUUUCCAGCCACACGUAAGAACUUCUCUAUCACGCGCUGCCAGCCCGGCAGGCACUUGUCACUGUUCUUACUGUUGAUUUGAAUACUAAUGAAAAACACAAUCUAUAAAACCCUCUGUCCAAGUCUUUAACUGAGAUCUUGGUCCAUAGAUUUUUCAGCUGCCAUUUUGUUCGAAGAGCCAUGCCUAUAUAUAUAUAUAUGUAUAUAUAUACCAUCUCUUUAAAAAGAUGCUCUUGCCAUUUCAGACGGCUGAAAACCCAGACAGCAAUUUCUUCUUAGAUGCAUAUUUUUUUAUUUUUCUUUCGAACCCCUUGGACUCCACUUGCGCAAAACCUUCUUUUGAAGGCCUCUUUGUUCUUGUUCUGCAGGGAUGCUGUCCUCCAAGUUGAGUGGAGUCCAAAGCAUGAAACCAUUUUGGCUUCGAGUGCUGCCGACCGUAGAUUGAUGAUUUGGGAUCUUUGCAGGUUAGCGACAACCCCACUUUUUUUGUCUCUCAAUGGUUGCUGCUGAUAUUCCUUUUUCGUUGCCUCGCCCACCGAGUCCCAGAACCCCAUCUCGAUAUUACCCCCUGUAAUUUUAAUUCUGUUCGUGUAACACCCACUCGCCGUAAGAGAGCGAGAGAGCGAGAGAGAGAGAGACUAAUUAUUGGGUUGAUGAUCUUCAGGAUUGGCGAUGAACAGUCGGCAGAAGAUGCAGACGACGGACCCCCCGAGCUUCUCUUCUCUCACGGCGGACACACGGGCAACAUCUCCGAGUUCUCGUGGAACCCAAACGUGCCAUGGCUCGUCUCCAGCGUGGCGGAGGACAACAUCCUCCAAGCCUGGCAGGUGGCGGAGAGCAUUUACGGCGACGAAGCCGACGCACUCGCCGAAGACGAAGGGCCCGCCGCUGCAUAG